AUGGAUGAUAAUCCACCAUCUCCAUGGACACUAUUUAAUGGUUUUGUCACACCAAUCAUUUAUUCAGAGACAGAUCUUUCAACAUUACAUAACUUGAACGAUCAAAAUAAUGAAUCAAAUAUGUUUGUUGAUAAUCCAUGUCCCGAUGUAUCUGAUAGAACUAAAGGUGCUAAUCAGAGUCUGUUAUCUGAUAUAGAUCAAUCGAAAAGAAUUGAUUAUUUAGCAGCAUUACCAAAGUCUCACUCAACCAAAGAUGAUGAUCAAAAAACAGAGGAAAAUUCGAACGAACCCUGUAAUGAAAAUAAUACAAUGAAAUAUACAGAUGGUACUCAAUUCAUUCAAAAUAAUACAUCACAUAUCAAUCGUCAUGUUCAAGACAUAUCUGAUGGCAUAGACGGCUUUGAUGAAGCUCUAGAAGAAUUAUUUGACGGGAUUUCAAUUAAUCCUACUGAUGAUUCAUUAUUAGUAUUAUCACAAAAUAAUAACAAUGAUGAUAAUGUUAAUCCAUCAAUAAAUAAUUCGAAAAAUUCUUUUAUUGUUAAAUCAUGUGAUGGGAAUAAUACAGUUAACUUCAUCGAUAGUUCAGUGAUGAUUGAAACACGUGGAUCAUUUAUAUUAACAGUAUCACCAUCUUUAAAGCAGCAUGUUCGAUACGAAACAGAAUUGGAACAAAUACUUCGAUACAUAAAUGUACCAAAUCAGGAAUCAAUUACUAUAAAAAUGUCUGAUGUUCGAAAUCAAUUCAGACCUGAAAUAUCAUAUUGGUUGCGUAUAACACGUACAACAAUUCCAUAUGGUAACAAUAAAAUUAUGUUUCUUCAUCCAUAUCCAAUAUGGUUAAAUAAUAAAUAUGCUAAAGUUUAUAAUGGUUCAUUAUUAAUUCCAGUAACAGAAUUAACUAUUAGAAUUGAGAAUUUAGUUAUGGUCCGAUUACAACAGGGAUUAUUAAAAGAAAUUCAAAAAUUUGCGAUUUAUGACUCACAAAAAUUUGAUUUUAAUGUUCAAGAUAUUUAUUUACCCAAUACAAAAAAAGCGAAGUUUUUAAUAGAUGAAUAUAAACUUCGAUAUUCAAUUUUUCAUUUUCAAAUUUUUGUUGUUGAUGAAUAUAAUCAAGCAUAUCCAACUGAUUUAAAAUGUCAAACUGAUUCAAUAUAUGAAUAUGAUCCUAAAGAAAUUGAAACAUUGUCGCCGAUGAUCGGUAAUAUUAAGAAAAAAACAGUUAAACGUAAAUCAAUUGGACAAAGAAAGAAAUCUAAAGUCGCAUCUAAAACAGAUAUGACUGACAACGAUGGUCGAGCCUGA